AGAGAAGGAGAGGAGGUUUGGCGGCUACCUUCGGCAACAGCAUGACGGGAUGUUGGCGGCUGUGACAAUGCCCCAGACCACAGAGGCCGAAAAGCGGGCCAGAAAAAUCGAAAUGGAUACAUCUUCAAAGUCCUUCUUAUCCGCCUUGGAUAAACUUGAAUCGCUCGCCGUCAAUCUGCAGUCACAAGAAUCCCGGAAGUCGAUAGCUGCCACAAGAAACCUCUUUGAGGCUGCCGACCAGCCUGAGCCCUGGAAGGCCCUUUUCGAAUACAGCCAACACAGGUCCGCCAUGUUGGAAAAGGAAGGGGAAGACGAACGCUCAUCACAAGCUCUACUCUGUGAUGCUCUCCUUGCACGCAUUCUUGAACUCGAAAGUGCUGGUCCUUCAUAUCACCUCGCCAUGUUUUGGGCUCAGACUGGAACAGCCGUCUUGACGGCCUUAUCCUUGGUCGGUGAGGGUGUUAGCAAUAUAGCCCUCUGUGCCCGAGAUAUUGGACGUGCAGCUCAAAGUACAACUCCUGGCUUCUCUGGCUGGUCCAACUCUCAGGGUGUGGAGCCGGGAACCACCGUCCAGGACAACACGACUGAGACCGUAACGAAUGACGGUCAAGUCUUUGAAGAUGACAAGCCCGUAAGUAUUGCAAACUCCAAGGUCGAGCCCAACACUACCGGGAUUACCGCAAGGUCCCCUUACAGUUCGGAGAAAAGGGAGGCUCUUGACGGUUAAGCAGCAGAAGUUGCGCAGUCCAGCUUGACAUGAGCCAUUAUCCAGAGGAUCCUUUAUGCACCUAAUGACCCCAGCCCUUCAUGCAUGUCUUCACGACCGACAUGGCUUCAAAUGCUCGACUUGCUCCUCACUGUUUUAUAGCUGUUUUGAAUUGUCGACGUUUUUGCCGCCGCCACUGAUGUGCGUAAUCCUAAUGACGCUGGGCUUUUUAUUGCGCAAUUAUGGAUGGAUGGCCCAUGUGUAGAGACAUUGGACGGGUUCAGAGAGCAAUUGAGAAAGGGUUGGAUGGGGGGGCACCAGUCUCUCGCCUUCUCUGAGUCCAGAGCUACUUGCGCUGGGGAACCGAUAGUACAGAUGCUCUGCUGAGCUUGCCUUUGGUCGGACCCAACCCA